AUGUCAAAGCCGUCCUCAGUGCCGCGUCAGCAGGAGCUUGCAAGGUACUGCCAGGUCAGCUCCAAGGUCACCUCCAACUACUCGAUCCCCACCGCCGUCGUCGCCUACAGCCGCGGCAUGGACGCCGCCGCCCGCCCCAACCUCACGACGCUGCUGUGGGCGGCUGACGGCUCGCCCCGCUUCGGGGGCAUCAUAUCCUACCCCAACAUUGAGGCGGCCGGCUACCUGAACCGCAGCGAGGUGCAGCAGCUCUGGGACUUCCAGAGCCGCACUGGGGCGCGCAGCGUCAAGUUCGGCGCCUGGCCCACCUACUUUGGCUGGGCGCCCGCCAUGGCCCAGUGCUCCUCUGGCAGCGACACCAUCGGCUUCGCGGACGGCGCGGCCGCGGCAGCGGCGGCGGCGACGCCAGCGACCAACUUCACGCUGCUGUUCACGCACGACGCGCCCUACGGGCUGCAGGGCAUCGAGCUGUCGACCGCUUGGCUGGACAGCCGCGGCCUGUACAGGUGCCCCGGCAACGCGUCCGCCCCCCUGCCCACUUGCUCUAUCUGGGGCCCCGGCAGCGACUUUGAGGUGGCGGGCCUCCACCCUAACUGCUCGUCCAUGCCAUUCAUGCAGCUGGCGCCCGAGGGCGCCGCCAGCCCUGCCAUCGCGGCCGUCCUGGUCAACUAUACCGACGACAACCGCAACACCAUGGCCUUCACGUUUGACUGCGCGGCGUGGAGCCCCUCCUGCGUGCUGCUCGGCCGCCUGUCGGUCGCGUGGCUGCUCGAGGGCCGCUCCCAGCCGGUCGCCACCGACAGCAGCGGCAACCCAACCGGCACUUCCGGGGCCGCCCAGCAGGCUGCGUCUGAUCUGAGCGGCAAGAUCGUGGCGGACCUGCUGGUGGACGCCUCGAAGGCAAACAUCGCCAACGGAACGCCCGACAGCCCGCUGAAGAACGGCGCCGCGGCGCGCGCGGGGCCCGCCGCCGGGGCGCUCGCCGCGGCGAGCGCCGGGGCGGCGCUUUUGUCUGUGCUGCUGCUGUGA